GUUUGUCACCUUGUCUUCAAAUGGCGAUUUUUGAAAUAUACCGAUGUCCCGUGAUCCGAGAAGUGCAUUUUCCACUUUUCCAUAUUGGGACAUUAUUUCAGUUGAUCAUUACCAUAACCUCAGUUAUUGUUCCUUUCUUCAUAUGCUAUCGUUCUGGUGGAUUCUGGUUACGUGAUUCAAUUUAUAUUGAACAACCUCAAAUACGUUUCUUAAAACAAAUUUAUAUUGAAUUAAAAGGUUCCAAUGGAACUGUAUAUACAUGGAGUACAUAUACGGAUUUAAAUGUUCAACUUUCAUCAAAUUUAUUUGUUCCACAUUUAUCAAUUCAACAAUUAGAUGAUGAUUAUGAUGGUGUAUAUGAUAAAUUAAAGUUGAUAUUUCGUAUUCCAAUUAAAGAUAGGUUUAACAAGUUAUACAUUCUAUUGUUAUUCAGUUAUCAACUUAAAGAACAUGUUGGUCUGAUAUUGCAAACUCCGUUUAUCAUUCAAUUUGAUACACCAAGUAUGAUAGGAUUUUGUCAAUAUUCUCUAUAUGGACAAGUAUCGUUGUAUCAAAGAGAACCUUUACUUGAAGGAUAUAUGAAUACAGUGUACAAUAAUUCAAUUAUCAAUACUAAGGAACACAAACUUAGAGAUAUUCAGUCAGCGUCAAUUCAAAAAAAAUUGAGUGAUAGACAUGUUACCUUAAAAUUAGAUCCGAAAUAUGAAACUUGGACACCGGGAUCAACGAAUCUUCUCAAUCCACUUUUGCUUAAUUUAACUUUACUCUAUAAACCUACAAUCGUAUGCCGAGUCAAUUAUGCUCAAUGAUAUUCGAUUUUUGGCAGUUUAAACAAAGCGGCUAAAAUGAAAUUGUUGUGAACGUUGUUUUAAAUAAUAUCCUUUGCGAUUUGACCUUCAAACACUUGAGGCGUGAUUUUUAAAUGCUAAUGAAAAUGUUUUCAAACUUCUAAAAUUAGCAAAACUAUUUCUACCAAACAUUAGAUAAUCAAUUAACACGUAUCUUUUCAAAUAGAUUUCACGUUUACUUUCUUAUUACAAUGUAUUAGAUUCCUUAACACAUGCUACUACUUUCUAUUCAAUAUGCGCGCGCAUGAUUUAAACAAAUUUUACAAGGUCACAUCCAAGUCUCUAUCAUAUGUUAUGGUGGGGAUGGAUACAAUAUUUUCCGAUCUUGUUAUUUAGUCUGUUUGUUGGCGAUAGAAUAAAAGCCUUUGUAUAUGGACACCAGUUAAUCAAUGUUUCAUUAUGAAAUAUGAUCCGAUUCUUUUAAAACAAUAGCAUUGUACCAUUGAAUAUUGAAUACAAAUUUAAACAAAGACAGUGUCGAUUAGGAUAUAAAUUCCCCAGUUUAUCGCUUGUAAUGAAAGUUUGAUAGACAAAUAAAUAUUUUUAGUUUCAUGUA